CAGUUGAGGGGUGGUGUGGGGUCGCCGGAGGACUCGGCACUUCGCCCUUCCCUGCGACCGUUGCUGCGUGGAUUAUUGCACCGCGGGUAUUUUCUGCCACGGAUUUUGGACCUCUAUUCCCUUUUUUCUAAAGUUGUUGCUCACUUUGGCCUCUCUUCUCGGCGUUUGGUUUUUGUUUCGCUCGCGGGAACGGAUCGCCUGCUUUUGGGCCGCCCGUACCGUUUUCACUGUGGAUUACAAUUGCAAUAUGACUCUGGAAGAAAUCGUGGCUUGCGACCGCGCAGCACAGAAGAUGCAGACGAUGAGCGAUGCGGUGGAGGAGCUCCUGGUGGCGGCGCAGCGCCAGGACUGUUUGACCGUUGGGGUGUACGAAUCGGCCAAACUGAUGAAUGUCGACCCGGAUAGCGUGGUUCUGUGCCUCCUGGCCGUCGACGAGGAGGAGGAAGGCGACAUCGCGCUGCAGAUCCACUUCACGCUGAUUCAAGCGUUCUGUUGUGACAAUGACAUAAAUAUCGCGCGGGUGUCGGGCAUGCAACGGCUCGCCGAGCUGCUCGGGGAGCCGGCGGACGAAGGCAACGAGCCCCGGGAUCUGCACUGCCUCCUGGUCACGAACCCACAUACAGAUUCCUGGAAGAGCCAGGGGCUGAUGGCAGUGGCCAACUUCUGUGAGGAGAGCAGGGGCAAUAACCAGUGGGUGCCGUACAUCGCCCUUCAGGAUCGCUGAGCCUACUCGGCCGCUGCCUGAGCCGCACGAAGUGGCGCCACCAAAAAUCCCUGUUUUUUCUGACCCCCCCCCAAUAAUGUUCACUGUUGAUCCCUGUUUUCCCCCUUACCCCUUUCUCUGUCCCCCCCAAACCACUGAUGCAUUCUGUUGUGGGGGGAGAGGGUGUUGGAGAAGAAAGAGAAAUAGAGUAAGAGAGAGAGUGAAAGAGA